AUGAACUCAUUGUUUGUUGACGAAUGGACGAACAUUCAUGUCCAAAAGAAGUCCAUUCUUCUGCGUUCUCGGCUCUUCUUUUUGUUUUUCACGAUCGUUUAUGAAUUUGUUUAUCAUAUGAAUAGACAUAUGGUUGCGCUCACGGACUCUACCGUUUACAUACGUACGAAAUGUUCAGUGGAGGCUGUGAAAAAGUUGAAUCUAUGGGGCUGCGACAUCGAUGACAUAUCAAUAUGCGAACGAAUGGUGAACAUUGAGGUGUUAUCAUUGAGCGUUAAUCGUGUCGAGACCUUACAACCGCUUAAAAACUGCACACGUCUCGUCGAGUUGUACUUGCGAAAGAAUAACAUUCAAAGUUUUACUGAGUUCGAAUAUUUGAGGGAAUUACGGAAUUUACGCGUAUUAUGGAUAGACGAGAAUCCAUGCACGAAAUCUGGCGACUAUCGUCAUCGGAUUCUUCGAAUACUGCCACAAUUGACGAAGUUGGAUGAUCGACCUGUCACCCUGGAUGAUCACAUGGAAGCACAGCAGGAUGAUUCCGCUCCGGAAUGUGACAUGCACGCGAGCAUGAUUAGCCUUCAUAGUGCACGUAGCUCCAGAAGCAGCGUAACGGUACACGAUGCCAUGACACAGUCCCUAUACGGAAGAGCCAUUGUCGACACGGUAAUGCAACCGCAGAUGGUCAGCUACGGUGAUGCGUCGGAUGAGGAACGGCUACCACCGCCUCGAGAUCCACAUUCAUUACGAGGAUCCAGGCUCAGCAUGAUGAGUCAAUCGAUGCUCCCGUCAAUAAUGACGCAAUCGAUCUACGAACCUGCGCAUGAGGAGCGUGGAGAUGAAGAUUGGGGUGAUUUCAGUCUGGAAGAGGAAACUCGUCCACUUUCCAUGGACGCUAUAGCGAAUAGGAUGUGCAUGUCAAUGCAUGAGGCAAGACGAACACCCACAAGUUCUUCAUAUGGUCGAAGUGUUAGUGCGCCAAGGCGAAGAAUUCAUACGAGACGACAGUCACAGAGCCCGGCAAGAGACGUACGAAUCGGUAAGAUCAUGUCCGCCGUGUCGGUACUGUUGGACGAAUUGGACGCGGACGGUUUACGAGCGGUGAUCGAACAGGCUCAGGAUCGUAUGAAAAAACAAUGGUAG